AUGUCUAAUAGCUAUGGUUCAGCCAGCGCAGAAGGCGCGUGGAUGAAACGAGCGAUCCUCAUCUGUCUGUAUGUCCUGCUGCUCGAGUCUCUCAUUGAGUGGGGAAUUGUGAUUUACCUCUAUGUUGAGCGAUCGGUGGACGCGGAAAUGACCCCCAGUCUGAUUCUCGCUCUAGUAGCAUCUUUCUUGACUGUUCCUCUUGUUGGGUUACACAGCUUUCUUGCGUGGCAGUACAGCAGGGUUGCAAGAUUUACAAGCCAAAAGGCCAUGCUACGGAUUGUUUGUAUCUGGGUCUCGGGGCUUGCGAUUCUGAUCUGGGUUGCUGCUAUUGCUACAGGCCUGGUGGUUAUAUCUCGACAUCUACUGUGUCUUGCUGACGAGGAUGAUGGCAACUUCUGGAAGCUGGGUGUAAGCUGUGCACUCUAUCGUGCGUCGAUCAUAGACUCUGUUGUGUCGUUCAUAACAUUGUGCCUAUUCUUCGGCCUGCGACAAUUUUGCUGUCGCCCAUAUGAUGUCUCGUUGCUGGGCAUAUAUAGACGCCAACCUUCGUUUUCGAUUUGCGACAACAGCAUCCUCAGCAGCUGGAGCACAGAAAGUGACAAUAGCCUGAAGAAUGAUAUCUACUAUGUUUGCCGGCGACCUGAUAUCACAUACGGCCGAGGGCUUUAUAUGUCGUCAACUGACAAUACCAUCCCGAAUUCCACAAGCAUGGAGUAUCCGACCGUCGUCUAUCAUAAAUCUCACCCGGGGUUCGAGGCAGAGUAUGACUCUGACACAACAGAUCUGCUAUCGGGUACCACACUGUCGCCGCAGGAAACCCUGACAAGGAAGCUACCCGGCGUGAUGACGAGCUCAGAUAUUCUUUCAUGCGUUUCGCGCACGGCCACUACCGCAACCUUGAGUCCUUAUGGUGACCACUAUAAGCAAGGUGUUCCCGUGGAGCUACCUGGGGGAUCCCCUUCUAGGAUCGGACACCAGAGGCAGAAGUCUUCCGCGUCGUCUUUGCGCCGGCUGCUGCCAAAAUUGUUCUCGCAACCACUGUCAGCAGACCCACAAAUACGUGCUCUCGCCGAAUCGUCAGCGGGCGUAGAUGUCGAGAAAGAAGCACUGGUGGUUGAGCGCCCUCCAACUCCCAAAAAAGAGUACGCGCCUGGACAUCCAUUAGCUUCAGCUCCUGUAGAGAAACCUUUGCCCGCCAUAAUAGCCGGGUCUUACAAACCUGAAGCGAAAGGAAGAACACUCCCACGAUCUGUGACCCUGAACUCAGCUGAUGCUCCCGAAGUCCUUGUGCCAGAACCGUUGAAUGUACGCCGGUCUAACACAGCGCACACGGCUCCGGUCUCCAGAAGUAAACACACGCCAUAUCAGGGAGCUUCCGUUUCAACCCUCCCGCAACCAGCAGCGCGUCCAUGCCUUGCCCAGGCCUCCAGCUACAGAGGUUUACCAAUUGAUUGUGAGGGGGCCAGUCGGCAGAAUGCCCGGCAGAGUAAUAAACGGCAGAGCCAGCUGUACCAAAUCAAUCCAGCACAAAUCCCACGCCAUACCCAGAGUCAACACCGGCCCCAUCAGCAUAGUAACGGCCAUCGCUGGUAUCAAGAGCACAACCGGCGCAUGUCCUCAUCAACUCGCGGAAACGAUGUCGAAUUGGUCUACUCAAACUUACGUCGCCCUCGCAGCAACACAUAUGGUGGCCUCGCCUCUGCGCCCAGCAGGCUCGAUAGUAUCCGUGAAACAGGCACAUCUGUUGACGAAGCCACAGAGAGCUAUCUCUCCGGAGCGAAUGCAUACCGUGAAACCACUUGA